UAUUUCUGCAUUCGUUUGUAACAGAGAGAGUGUGAGAGUGAGAAGGGCAUCCCGUGGCCAUUUAUGUGUUUAGUUUAACGCGGAGUAGAACGAGCGACGGUGCGCAAAGCAGACCACAUGGCCACUGAGAAUGACUGUGCAGUCUUGCAAGCCAUCUUCAACCCCAACACACCUUUUGGGGACAUACCUGGCCUGGAUAACCCGCACGAAGUGACAAAUAACGAAGACUCUGGCUUUGACCCGGCCCUGCUUGCGGAGGCCAAGGCGCUGGAGAUGCAGGGUGUGGCUUGUGCGGAGGACGCAGACCUCGACCGAGCGGUCCACCUCUUCGACAGGGCCAUCGAGCUGCUACCCCAGCGACCCUCUGCCUACAACAACCGAGCACAGGCCCUGCGCCUGCAGGGAGACACUGAAGGAGCACUGGCGGACCUGGACAAGACCAUCUCUCUGGGCAACGGAACGGGCCACUCGGCGUGUCAGGCUCUGGUGCAGCGAGGCCUCAUCCGCAGGCUGCAGGACCGCAAUGACGAGGCCGUCCAAGACUUCCAGCUCGCCUCGGCGCUCGGCAGCGCCUUUGCGCGGCAGCAGCUGGUGCAGCUCAACCCUUACGCCGCACUCUGCAACCGCAUGCUGGCGCAGGUCAUCGGCCAGAUGAGGAACCCCGAGCCAAACCUGGAUGCGCCCAACGACCAUUAAAAAAAUCGUAUUAAGCGAAGCAACCAGCCACCAAUAAUACCUACUCGCAUGGCAUUGGAGGACUCCCUACCCUGACCAUGUGAAGGAUAUUGAUCAUUAUUAGGAUUUACAAUCGUUGAAAAUUCCAAACUGAAUAUGUGCAGACGUUCUCGUUUACAUUCCAAAUUUGUUCAGUUUGAAACGAGUUUAAUUCCAAAGCGGGUGUAGUAAUGUGAUCCAACUUGGAAAGUGAUUGACAGUUAAAUUAAUGCUCGCAAUGUUUUACUUUAAAAGCAGUUUCUGAAUCGAACACAACUUUAAGCUGCCUAUUUAUUGUUUUCCCAUGGGUUUCCACUUUUAAAAAGUUAAAUUAUCAUGCACCUUGUUAUUCAACGUACUAUUUCAAAACAAUUCCAGGAGGUGGCGCGCUUUGUAUUGGCUAGAAGAACUCGGCAACCUACGUGCUCCGGAGUCACAUGAGGCUCUUUUAUUUAAGGACUGCGUUUGUGACGUUAUUCACCACCUGCAUUCCGGCUCUUGAAAUAUUGAAGGGAGGGGUUUUUUUUGGACCGAAUUCGAAAAAAAAUUUCUCUUCUCGAUAUUUUGGUUGCCGACCCCUGGGCUGUACGAAUACCCGAGUGGGCCAAAGGUGAUGACUUGUAAGAUAACUCUGUGACCCAGUUGAACAUAAAGCUAAAAUCUGAAAUAAUAAAGGUGGUACAUUACUUCACACCUGCAUCAGUUUUUUUUGUCUUGCCCAAUAAACGUUUCUUCGUGUGCCUCAUUUUGUAAGCGCUAUUGUUACUUUAAAUCUGUAAAUGAUGAUAAACACACAUCGACAAGACAAAGUGUGCGAUCAUUAAGGUCGUGGAGUUUGAAAAAUACUAUUUAAAGCCCGAUGUGAAGGUAUUAUUGGGGAUGUCUUAUAACAUUGUUAUGCAUACUGUCUUUAAAUCCAAUACAUUCGACGUGGAAUCCUCUUAAACUAAAGGCGUCCUUAAUUGACUGAUAUUCCAAUAUGCUGAAUGUACAGUGUGUGUGUGGAUAUGUGCCUUAUAACCUCAAUGUAACCAGGAAAAACCUCAUCGAGUCUCAAGACUCAUUUUCAAGAGUCCAGUAUUGCGAUGUUUGGCCAUUACCUUUAAAGAGCGUCAUGUGGGAAGAAACCAGAGUGGGUGCUGUUAACAAAACUGGACUGGUUUUGAUAUGGUAUCUUAUACGCAUGCAGCCUUUGCUGACAAAGGUGCUGCAGUUUUUUUCCCCUGCUAGAAUUACUUGCCCUCACCCUCCUUACUGUGUGGGGACAUUCUGAGCAUUCUUAAAUUCUUGUAACUCAAAGGAGACCUACAGAAAUUUUAACAACCAACUGAAGAUUUCGGCAUCAUUCACGACACCCAACCACCAAGACCAAAUUGUUGCGAUUCUGUCAUUGUUCUGCCUCGUCUGUACUUUCAAUCACGUUUGUUAUAUCAUUUGUAGUUUGUGUU